AUGACUGCAGAAUCCGCCCCACUUGCACCACCUACCUUGGAGGGCCUUCCCGACGAGAAGAAUCCUGCCAUUUCAAACGAGCUCGCAACCCCAGAACACGUCGCUCUGGAAAUGAAGAAAAAUUCUAAAGGCAUCCGAGCGUAUCUCCCCUGGCCAAAGAAAGAACCCAAGACAAUGGAGAGCGAAGCUGAAAACGCAAAUACAGCGGACACAGUCGUCCCUGUGUCUUUCUUAUCGCUAUUUCGGUAUUCAACUCGCUUUGAAAUAAUAUUGGACAUUUGUGGUGUAAUAUGUGCUGUUGCUGCUGGCGCUUCGCAGCCUCUCAUGACUUUGAUAUUCGGCAGACUGACUGAAGAUUUCGUUACAUUUGGUUUAGCAGAGAACGAGUACUAUCAAUCCCUACAGUCUCAAGAUCCGAACGUCAUUGAGCAGGCGCAGGCUGCAUUGGAUGCUGCUGCAUCCGGCUUCCGUCAAAGCGCUAGCCAGGAUGCUUCCUAUCUCGUUUAUAUUGGUAUCGCAAUGUUUGUUACCACGUAUCUGUACAUGUACACCUGGGUUUAUACUUCAGAGCUUAAUGGGAAAAGAAUACGAGAGAGGUAUCUUCAGGCCAUCCUUAGACAAGAAAUCGCCUAUUUUGAUGAUGUCGGCGCUGGAGAGGUUGCGACGCGAAUCCAAUCCGACACUCAUUUGGUACAACUAGGCAUAUCCGAAAAAGUCACCCUUGCAGUCACUUUCAUCAGCGCAUUCGCCGUUGGUUUUAUCCUUGCAUAUGCCCGGUCAUGGCGUCUCGCUCUUGCAUUGUCGUCCAUCCUUCCGUGCAUCAUGAUUAUAGCCGGUGUCAUGAAAUCGUUUGUGUCCAAAUACACGCAAUUGUCCUUGAAGCAUGUUGCUGAGGCAGGUAGUCUUGCAGAAGAGGUCAUAUCCACGGUUCGCACCGCGCAGGCUUUCGGGACACAGAAAGUUUUGUCUGGAAUUUACGAUAAGAAUAUCGAUGUAACUCGCGUCGUCGACUCCAAAGCGAGUAUUUGGCACGGUGCUGGGUUAGGCGGCCUCUUCUUCGUGAUCUACGCUGCAUAUGCACUGGCGUUCGAUUUUGGAACUACCCUCAUAAAUGAGGGCGAGGCUAACGCCGGACAGGUUGUGAAUGUCUUCAUGUCCAUCUUAAUCGGAUCUUUCUCUCUCGCCCUCCUUGCGCCUGAAUUGCAAGCCAUUACACGUGGUUGUGGUGCUGCCGCAAAAAUAUUCGCUACGAUCGAGCGUGUUCCUGAUAUCGACUCUGAAAACUCAGGAGGAUUAAAGCCUGCAAAAAUUACUGGCGAGAUUACGUUUGAGGACGUCAAAUUCAACUAUCCAUCUCGCGCAGAUGUCCCAAUUCUCAAAGGUAUCAACAUCACCUUCCCAGCUGGCAAGACCACUGCUCUCGUCGGCGCAUCUGGAUCUGGUAAAUCUACGAUCGUAUCUCUUACGGAACGCUUCUACGAUCCACUCGCUGGCUCUGUUUUGCUUGACGGAACUGACCUGCGGGAGCUGAACAUCAAAUGGUUACGCUCUCAGAUUGGUCUAGUCUCACAAGAGCCCGUACUUUUCGCGACAACCAUCAGAGGCAACGUCGCACAUGGUCUCAUUGGCACACCAUACGAGGAUGCAUCUGAUGAGGAAAAGUUCCAGCUCAUCAAAGCAGCCUGCAUCAAGUCUAAUGCAGAUAGCUUUGUCAGCCUCUUACCACAAGGAUAUGACACUAUGGUUGGUGAGCGAGGUUUUCUGUUAUCAGGAGGGCAGAAACAGCGCAUCGCCAUUGCACGAGCUAUCGUGUCGGAUCCGCGGAUUUUGCUUCUUGACGAAGCAACGAGCGCCCUUGAUACUCGCUCGGAAGGGAUUGUACAAGAUGCUCUGGACAAGGCAGCUGCUGGUCGAACUACCAUUACCAUUGCUCAUCGCUUGUCAACGAUCAAAGAUGCUGACUGCAUCCUUGUAAUGGGCGAGGGACUCGUACUGGAGCGAGGAACUCAUGCGGAACUCCUAGCGGACGAGAACGGCGCAUACUUUCGUCUCGUCACAGCUCAAACUCUCCGCGAGGGUCAUGAAGCUCUGGAUGCAGUGAUGUCAAGUGACGAGACAGAUUUGGAGAACCCUAUGCCAGAAGACCUCGAUAUCAAGAGCACCACUCGCUCCAUCAGAAGCGAAGUUGUCAGUCAAUCAAAGGAGAAAGCAGGGGACCAGGCUCCAGCGGAAACUUACGGUCUAUUCUAUUUGAUGGGACGAAUUGCUGGUCUUUACCGCGAAGGGCUUCACCGAUACUUCAUCGGAUCUUUGUUUGCCAUAUGCAAUGGUGCCGCUUAUCCUGCUUCCGGUAUAAUCUAUGGACAAGCGAUCUCCGGCUUUUCCGCCACCACAAAUUCUGAGCGCCGCUACCAAGGUGACCGGAAUGCUCUCUGGUUUUUCAUUCUUGCCAUUCUGUACGGCAUAUGUACUGGUUUUCAGAACUACUUUUUUGCCUCUGCUGCUGCUGUCUUGACUGCCAAGCUUCGUUCAAUGAGCUUCAAAGCCAUCCUCCGACAAGACAGUGAAACCCUCAUCGGACUCUGUAAGACUGGCGCUCUGACGUCACGCUUGGGCGAAAACCCCCAGAAGAUCAAUGGUCUUGCUGGUGUAACUCUGGGGACAAUUGUCCAAUCUAUCACAACUAUACUUGCUGGUUUGGCCGUUGGCUAUGCAUAUGCUUGGAAGCUGGCUCUCGUUGGCAUGGCAUGUCUCCCUGUCUCGGUGUCCACCGGCUUUAUACGUUUGCAAGUCGUUGUUCUGAAAGAUCGAAAGAACAAGUUAGCGCAUGAAAACUCCGCUCAGAUCGCCUGCGAAGCUGCUGCGGCUAUUCGCACUGUUGCGUCAUUGACCCGAGAGGAACACUGCCUUCAUCUUUACAGACAGAGCUUGGAAGGACCCGUUAGAAAAUCCAUCAGGACAGCGCUCUGGAGUAACAUGCUGUUCGCACUCUCUCAAGCCAUGGGGUUCUGGGUAAUUGCUCUAGUUUUCUGGUAUGGCGCGGAUCUCGUUUCGCGGCUGGAAGUUUCCACGGAAUCAUUCUUCAUUGCUUUGAUGAGUACGGUAUUUGGCGCUAUGCAGGCUGGUAACGUCUUUGCCUUUGUGCCUGAUGUCUCACUGGCCAAAGGGGCGGCCGACGCAAUCAUCAGGCUCCUUGAUUCAACUCCUGCGAUUGAUGCAGAGUCAACUGAAGGCAAAAGUGUUCCGAGCGAAACUAUCAAGGGCCGCAUACAGCUGGAGAACAUUCAUUUCAGUUAUCCUACUCGCCCCGGAUUCCGGGUUCUUCGUGGCCUCUCGCUUACCGUCGAACCUGGGACUUAUGUUGCCCUAGUCGGCUCUAGCGGCUGCGGUAAAAGCACAUUACUAGAGCGUUUCUACGAUCCACUUUCCGGACGGAUCUCGCUCGAUGGAGAGAUUAUCGACGAAUUUAACGUCCAGGCAUAUCGACAGCAGUUUUCACUUGUGUCGCAAGAACCUCUGACUACUUGUCUUGCAGACUUUAUACGCGGGACUGUCCGCUUCAAUAUCUUGCUCGGUGCCUCCAAACCAGAAUCUGAGGUCACACAAGAAGAGAUCGAGGCUGCCUGCCGUGAUGCCAAUAUACUAGAUUUUAUUCAAUCACUUCCAGAUGGGUUCAAUACCGAAGUCGAACGUAUAGCAAUCGCUCGCGCACUGCUUCGGAAUCCAAAGGUUCUUCUGCUCGACGAAGCUACAUCAGCUCUUGAUUCAAACUCGGAGAAGGUCGUGCAAGAAGCUCUUGACAAAGCUGCUAGAGGUCGUACCACCAUUGCUAUCGCCCACCGCCUUUCGACCAUCCAGAACGCUGAUCGCAUAUAUUUCAUCAAGGAAGGCAGAGUGAGCGAAUCUGGAACCCACGAUGAGCUUCUUGCGCGGAGAGGAGAUUAUUACGAGUUCGUACAGCUGCAAGCACUCAGCAAGAAGUAG